GGCAAGCAACCCUCCAACCAACCUCUUCGGUACGAAUUGACCAUUGAAAUAACAGCACCCCUUCCAUUAUCACCGCGCAUUGCUUACCCGAAUUCAAAAGCGUCAAGAUCGUAACCCAGAUUAUUAUAAUUCCAGUCGGGCCGCCAGAAUAUAUUUCUCUGUAUAGACCUUUCGUCGUUCGACGACCGCAACCAUGGUCCUCAAGCGCAAGCGAUCCGAGUCCGAACUCUCCUCGUCCAGCGCCUUCAGCUCGCCAUCGCGCCUCGACCAUGACGCGACGCCCUUUCCCUUCUCCUUCACAGCAAUGGGCAUGGCGUUGACGUCGCCGCAUCCCGCGUCACGAGCCUCGACGCCGUCACACCUUCCUAGCCGCACCAUGAAGCGUUUCCGCGACUCGCGCCCUUCGGCAGAGGAGAUACAUCAGCGAACUCUCCACAUGCUGUUCUCGGCCCAGGCCCGGACGCAGCAAAACAUGGCGCAGCCUCCGACCCAGCAACCUCAGGCUGCCGCUGCCGAGCCUACUCAGCAACACAGCGGCAGUGCCCAGGUAUCGUUGCAUAAGUUCUGGAAUCUGCCGAGUGGUGGUGCUUCUCCGGCCGGCUCUGCCCCGCCCGUCAACAAUUCCAUAUACGCGCCCACCGACUGCGAAGACUGCGGACAGUCAUUACGAGAAACCGCGGAUGGGAACACGAUGGACAUGGACAUAGACAUAGACGGCUUUAGCGCCGAGGCCGAUACCGGGUGUGGAAUGUGCGGGAAGCACGUUUGCUCGCACUGCUCCAUUACCAACUUGGGCGAGCAGAGGCGGUGCUUGAUCUGCGCUGGUAAAAAGGUCUGGGUCGGCGGUUUUGGCUGGAUUGGCAUGGAUGUUGAGAUUUGCUGACGAACCGUUCAAGAGCUGAAUCGGGUUAUGGGUUGGAUAUGCUGUUGGGAUACCUAUGUGUUGCUGGAAAAAAUGCCUGCGAAGGAAGCCAUGGAGUUUGGA